CUAGGCAACGAGUGAAAACUUUGGGAAAAUGAGUCGCAGUAUCAGUUAACAUGGCUUUGAACCUAAAGUCUCCUCUACACUGAAGCCAUCCAGAAGACAGACGGUGUUUUAAUUCUAGACCUAAACAUCUGGGCGCAGAUGGACUAUUAACACUUAAUUCAGGGGGAAUACUGCUGAUGUGGAAAGCUUUGGUUGCAUAAGAACUGCUCAGUCACAAAGACAUCAGACAUCUUAAUGAAGUCAUGAGCACAACCUCAAGAGGAAGCUCUCUAGAGAAGAACAGUGCUGGAUUAGAGCACGGGAGUGUUCAUUCAGAAGAAAAACAUGGUACAACACCUGGUAGGAGAGCAGAUCACGUAAACAAACCAUUUCCAAACAAGCCUAUGAGUCAUAAAAGACCUCAUAAUCCAACAUCCCGUGACUCUCUUGAACAUAAUAAUCUUGAAAAAGUCAGUAUUUCAAAGAAAUCCAGUGCCCCUUCUCAUUUCCAUGAAUAUAUGUCUAACAGUAUUAGGAGAGAGACAACGGGAUCCAGGCAACCAGAUAAAGAAUACCACAGACAGAUCCAUGGUGAGAUGCAGAUGGCCAGAGCAAUUCAUGCAAAACAGCUUGUACUACAGGAGAAGCUGUGGAGGGUUGAGGAAAAAAUAAGACUUAAGAUCCAGCUGGAGAGUGCUGCUGCUGCUGGUGAUGGCCAAAAAAGUGGGCAGGAGGGUAAGGAUUACAAAGGCAGAGGAGAAACUGAAACCAGACAGAGGAGAGAACCAGAGAAAAGAAGAGAAGUGUUGAUGCCGGAAGAAGAAGGAGAGAAGAGGAAGCAAGAUCAGAGGAAAGGAGACAGAAUGAUAAAGAAAUGUGAAGAACAGGAGGCCAAAUGGGACAGAAGGGAAAUAAAAGAUGGAGACUAUAUUUAUUCAGAAAUAAAAGGAAGUAAAGGAACCAGAGAGGGAACUGUUCAUGAGGAAGAUGACAGAAAAGAGCUGAAAGGAGGCAAAGAAGAAACUGAAAAGGAUAACAGAGUUUGGGAGCACACAAAUGUGAGAUCAAAUCAAGGAAAAGCUGGAGAUAGAGAACGAAGUAAGACUUCUAAAGUGGAUGAAGCUUUGUCAAGAGAAAAGAAUUACAGUGCACACAACGAUGAUAUGAACGAAGGACCUCAAAUGAGUCAACAGAAAUCUGCUCCAGAGAACCACAGAGUAGCAGAAAGAAAAGUAACUGAGGAACCAUCAGCCCCACAGGUUUCUUUUCCCUCUCCGUCCAGCACACAUCAGGAGGAGGAGUCUGAAGUCGCCAACAGCACAGAUGGAGACCUCCAGCUUGUUCCUUGCAGAAUCUGCAACAGAAAUUUCACAAGUCAAAGAGUAGAGAAACAUGUCAAAAUUUGUGAAAAGGUGAAACAAUCCCAACGUCCAGUCUUCAACUCCUACAAUAACAGGACAAAGGGGUCUGCCCUGGAGGAUUACUUAAAAACCCACAGCCGGAGCAAAACUCCUGAGGUUUUACUGAAAAAGACAAAAAGACAAAACAUGAAGAAGCAGCAUCAGAGUCAACCACCAGCCGGGGCUUCAAAGCUGAAAUGGUCCAAGUAAAUCCAUAUGGAUGCUUUUGCACUAACCAGGCUUAGGGAACAGUUGUAAAAAAAAGUUUAAUAUUGAUCAGAAUGGUCAACAUUGGGAAUUUUCAUGUUUUGCUGUCCAGAAACUUACUUCCAUGUUACUUUUGCACUGGAUUUUCAAAUCCAGAUUACUAGUGCUAUAAAUGUUACUGUAGGCUUCCAGCGAUGUAAGGAAUAUCAGGUAUAAUAGGGCAUCACUGUCAAGAGAUGGAAAACAACACAAUAAAAUCUAAAUAUCCUCUUCCAUUUCAUUUUUUUCUCAUUGGGUGCACAACCAAUUAUAAUAUAAAAUUCUAACAUAAAUAUAGGUUUCCAUUAUUCACUAUUUCAGUACUCAAUCAUUAGUUAACAAAAUAAAGAUGGAUCAGUGUCUCCUUUAAGUCUGGCUUUGGUUUGCUUUGUUGGGUAAAAAACAUAUUA